AUGUCAAUCGAACACAUUGAGAACACCAAACUCUUCACUGAUCUCGAAUAUAGAUUCAACUAUGUUUGCAAAUUUGUAGGAUUUGGAGCAGAAGAUAUUAAAUACAUCCAUGAAUCAGCUUCUGUUCUAGCACCACUCGUACCAACCAUUGUCGAUCGAGUCUACGUAAAACUCUUCUCUUUUGAUAUUACCAAGAAGGUUUUCCUCGUAAGAAAUGAUAAAUUUGAAGGCCAGAUGGAAUCAUCAUUGGAUGAGUUGUCUGACACCAAAUCGGAACAAAUUAAAUUCCGUAAGGAUAUGUUGAGCAAGUAUUUGGUCAAGUUGGUUACUGCUGAUUACUCCUCCAAAGGCUUUUUGAAUUACUUGGAUUGGGUGGGCAAGAUCCACACUGCUAAGGCUGGUAAUAAGAACAUUAUUGUCGACUACAUUCAUAUCAACGCCUUGUUCGGAUAUGUGAGUGAUGUCAUUAUCGGUCUAAUUGCUUCAUGCUCUCAAUUAAGCGAGGAACAACGUGCCAAGACCAUUCAAGCCUUCAACAAAUUGUUAUGGAUUCAAAACGAUUUGUUUGCCAAAUAUUAUGUGGAUGAUGAGGCAAGAAAUGGUAUUGUUCAAAAGGAGAGCGAGAAUACUACUAGCACAAGCUCUUCUGGAGGAUGUUGCUUUGCCUUUGGAUCUUCAGAGAACAAGUCGAAAUCGGGAUCCUGUCCACUCACGAGCAUGCUAUGCGUAGGAAUUGUUGCCGUGGGUGCUUUCUUUUUGGGCAAAUAUUUCGGAAUGUAA